UAUUAAAUUUAGGCACGGACUUCCAUAUCAAAGUCCGUGAUUGGAUUUUCGGCAUGCUCGAUAUAGGAUAAGGCAUCAUGUGAGAGCACUUAUAAAACGCAAACACUGAAGAUGGCCAACCGAAGGGAGACAACUCCUGUUGACUCAGGCUAUGCUUGGGUCAUCCUUUUUGCCUGUUCUUUACUAUACAUGAUGCUGUCAGGACUGACAAAGGCUUUUGGAAUCCUCUAUACUGAAUUCUUGGAGGCUUAUGAUGCUGGGGCUGGUAAUACAGCCUGGAUUGGCAGUGUCAAGCUAUUUCUCUUCUUUGGUUUGGGCCCCCUUGCUAACCACUUGUGUGAGAUUUUUUCGUUCCGGAGGGUAGUGAUGACAGGAGGACUACUAAUAUUUGUCGGAUACUUGGCCAGUGUGUUUGUCACACAGAUGGAGCUGAUGUACCUCACCAUUGGUGUCAUGGCUGGUUUUGGUUGUGGCUUUGUUUUUGCACCUUGUACAACAAUUGUGAGUUUUUAUUUCAAGAAAAGACAAGCUCUUGCCAAUGGCAUUGUCAUAUCAGGAAGUGGACUUGGCAGCUUUAUUUUCCCAUACUUUUAUCGAUUCAUUAUAGAUCAGUUUGGCUUGCAAGGAGCUUUGUUAAUUAUUAGUGGGGUUUCUCUAAACGUCUGUGUGGGAGGGGCUUUUUUACGUCAGCCACAUCAACUCAUCAAAAUCAAACAUUCUACAGACAAACUGAACAAAGAAACUACAGAUUUGAAUUGCCAGGACAACAACAAAUCUAUAGAAAAACCCUUAAAGCCAAAGUCAAAAUUUUUGAUAGAUUUUACUUUAUUUAAAAUUCCAAGAUUUUCAGUAUAUGUGGCAGCUUUUACGGUCAACAUUAUUGGAUAUGCUGGUAACUUUUCUGCCUUCCCAGCACAUGUUAAAUCGCUUGGAUUUGGGGAACAAAAAGUGGCCAUAGCUCUUUCCAUGAUAGGAGCCACCGAAAUGUUUGCAAGGAUCUUCUUUGGAUGGUUUGCUGAUAAGAAAAUAUUUGAAAAGAGAACCAUCGUGAUAUUCUCCGCUGCGGUGAGUGGUGUAAGUGCAAUCUUAAUUCCAUUUAUGAGGAAUUUUCCUGCUAUGGUGAUAUAUGGUUGUAUUGUUGGAAUAUUUCCUGGUGCAUUCUGGAGUCUGAUGGCAGUCAUGAUGCUGGAGUGUGUCGAGCUCGAGAGACUCACGUCAGCUAUGGGAGUUCUGUGCAUGUUCAUGUCUUUUGGAAUUGUCAUCAGCCAACCACUUAUGGGUUGGAUUGAGGAUGCUACUGGAUCCUGGGACAUGUCUUUCAGGAUAAUGGGAAUGUUCAAUCUACUCUCUGGUGCAUUAUUUAUGUUAGAACCAGUAUUGAAGAAAACCUUAUGUAGUGAAGUGAUUCCAGCAAGCCAUGCUACAGUGGACGUGAAAGAAAUACCAGAUCAAGCUAUAGAGAUGAAGGUUACUGACCCAGUGAAGGGAGGAUCAUCUCUAAAGACAUCGCAGGAAAAUGUAUCUCUUCUUCACAGUGAGGCAUCUCCACUUACAGAAUCGGAGAGUAAUAAUGGAGAUAAUAUGACUAUUAAUAAUGUGAAAAAUUCAUGUUAAGAAGAAAUUAUAUGUUGAUAUGUACAGUAAGAAUGGAAUUUAAUUUUUUAAGUCCGUCAUCAUCAUCUUGAGAAGUAUUGGAUAAAUCUUUCUUCAAUUUCAUCUGUAGGCUCCUCUUGGUUCUUAGUUGUACCCAUUUGAUUUUUGGAUUGAUGAGAUAAACAAAAUGAUAGACAGCCAUCAUGGAUUUCGCCGAGAAAUGUUUGUCAUCACUAUUUUUUGAGAAGUACUUAAUGGAUAUCUUUCAAAUUCAGGUUUCCCUUUGGUCUGUAGUUGUACUUGUUUGAUUUUAUGACUGGUCAGAGAAACAAAAUGGCCACCAAGAGGCCAUCAUGGAUUUCAACAAUGAGAGUUUGUUAUAUCACUUUUCUUGAAAAGGUGGAUCUUACUCAAAAUUUCAUAUGUAGGUUCCUCUUCGUCCCAGUUUUUGCCCAUUUGAUUUGGGACAGAUCAAAGAAACAAAUGGCCUACAGACGGCCAUUUUGGAUUUCGCUGAGUAUAUUUUCUCAUUGCUAUUUUGGUACUGGAUGAAUCUCUCUUUAAUUUCAUAUGUAGGGGCCCCAUGGUCCCUUGUUGUGCCCGUUUGGUCAGAAAAUGGGGGGAUUUCCAGUAUAAUGUACUUGUUCAUGUACUUACAAUUUAUAACAUAGCAAGAAGCCAGCGGGCAGAAUAUCAGUAGAAUCUGAUACAUUAAACAAUUAUAUUGGCUUUUGGAAUCUAAAGGAGUGAACAAUAUGCAGGAAUUACAGUAGACUGUAAUGUUCAUGUUUGCUUUCUAUUGUUUUACCUUGAAAAAUUUAGAAAGACGAACAGAUUUGUUUUAUGCGAGCUUCUAUGCUUUAAAAAGAACAACAAUAUGGCCCCAUUAAGCCCCUUGUUUUAUUUCUGUAUAAAUAAAUGCUCUGAGCACAGCACCAGAUUUCUAAACCUUUAUAAGUGUCUAUUAUGAUGUUUCUACUGAAAGUUUAUUUUAUAUCAGAACAAUUUUAUUUUCGAUACAUGACUGUUUUACUUUAUAUUAUGAUGUUUGCAAUAUUGAUGAUAUAGUUAUU